UCUCCCGCCUCUUCGUUUCCUGCGCUUGUCCUCGACAAGGCUCCGCACGGCAUCGCCAAAGGAAUAUCGGGGUGGUGAUAUCCAGUGUCAUCUCCGUUGUGUCUUUUACCCUCUGCCCUCUCGCGUGUUCACAGCGCUCCAUCUCGGGUGUGGGUCUCGGUUGCAUCGUGCUCAGCGACUGAAGCUUCACCCCGCAUUCCCGUCUCGGGCUAUUGCAGGUCAAGUCCGUCAAGAGGGUACCUCGUGACCAGGACUCGUCCGUUCUUCCAGCUGCGAGACACGCACCUCAAGCUUUCAUAGCUUCAGCGCAGGACAUGUCGCUCCAGGUUGAUGACGGCAGCCGACGCGGCCGGUCCCGUUCCCCCGGCGGCCGCCGUCGAGAUGAGGACCGCGACCGGAGCCGCACUCCGGCGCUGCCUCAUGUCGUCGACGCUGUGCCGUAUCCGAGCUCGGCCGUGGGGGAUUUGUCGUCUACUGCCUACGAGUAUGAGCGCCUAGCCAAGUGGCCCUCGGCUGCCGAGGACGACGACGCGGACUACUACCGGGGUCCGCCACGCGGGAAGCCGGCCAGCGAGCGUGAGGAUCCGUACGCGGAGGCACGUCGCGGGGUCGAGUACAGGUAUGACAAGGACCGCCGACGUGACCGAGGCAGCGACUCGGACCGCGAGAAGGACGCACAGCGCAGUGACUCGGACCGCGAGCGUCGCCGCGCAUCAGAUCUCUACCUCCCGAACAAGUACGCCAGCAUCAAGACUGUCGAGCCGCCGCAGUCGCCGCGGGAGUCACGCGACUCCCUGCGCGACAAGGACCGCGACUCAGACAAAGAGCGCGAGCGUCGACGCAAGAAGGAGAAGCUCGAGGCGGACCUAGCUUACGGCAAGCUACCCGGUCCCUCCAGGCACGAGCGCAAGGAAUCCCGCCAGGAAUCGCCCCCACCGGCCAGCUAUGUGUACGCCCAGCCAAAGCCAUACGAGUAUGCCAAGGUCGACGAGCCGCGGUACAGCGCGACGCACCUCGACCCUCUCGGCCCAGGGGCGCCUCCCGGUGGGCGUCGUUCCCCAAGCCCGGGCCCGGCCACGCCGCUCAAAUCUGCCAUGAAGCGCGACCGGUCGCCGCAGCCGCCCACGGGGCGCAUGUCGACCCUGACAGUCCAGACUCCGCAUCAUGGUGCCUCCCUCUCGGUGUCCUCGGCGCCGGCCUCCCCGCUCCUGGAAGCCUACCACGGCACCUACCAAUCCAUGUCGCCCAUGCCCUCCCCGCUGCUCAUCCCGGCCACCCAUCCGCAGAUCCUGGAAGCCCUCUCGCCCAUCGCCUCGGACGACGAGCGCGCAGGCGACAAGCGGCGGGCGCGGCGGGCGCGCUUCAACGACCCCGAGGAUGCCGCGGCCCGGCUGGCCAAAGCACUCAAGGGCGAGCGGCGCGCGCCCGACACGGCGCCGCUCAUCGAGAUCCUCCCGGGCCUCACGCACGAGCAGGUCAUGGAGUUGCGGUACGAGUACAAGCGGCUGGUCAAGACGGGCACGGAGCGCAAGGGCGUCAACAUCGCCAAGCACAUCCGCGCGCGGCUCAAGGACGAGGACGCGAACCUGAUGAAGGUUUGCUACGCCACGGCGCUCGGCCGCUGGGAGUCGGAGGCGUACUGGGCCAACUUCUGGUACCACGGCGACAAGACGCGCCGGGAGCUGCUCAUCGAGUCGCUGAUGGGCCGCACCAACGACGAGAUCCGGCGGAUCAAGGAGGGCUUCAGCGACAAGAAGUACGCCAACAGCCUGACCAAGUGCAUGCGGACGGAGCUGAAGGAGGACAAGUUCAAGAAGGCCGUCCUGAUGGUGCUGGAGGAGCAGCGCAUGGAGGAGGAGGACGGGUACGGGCGGCCGCUGCGGAUCGACUACAACCUGGUGGACGACGACGUGCGGCAGCUGCAUCACGCCGUCCGGAGCGAGAAGGGCGGCGAGAGCCUAAUGAUCUCGAUUGUCACGACGCGCAGCGACUCGCAUCUGAGGGAGGUGCUCAGGGAGUACAAGAAUAAGUAUAAGGGGGCCAACUUUGCGAAGGACGCGCUCAGAAAGAGCGGGAACUUGGUGGGUGAAGUCCUCGCGCACAUCCUCAACGGCGUCAUCAACAAGCCGGUCCGCGACGCCAUGCUGCUGCACCACGCGCUGACGGCGUCGCGCCGCGACGAGCUGCGCCGCGAACUACUCAUCUCGCGCCUCGUGCGCUACCACUGGGACGCCAACCACAUGGCCCUGGUCAAGCGCGCCUUCCGCGACCAGUACGGCCGCGACCUGCAGGACGCCGUGCGCGAUGCCACCAGCGGCGAGUGGGGCGAGUUCUGCGAGGCCCUGUGCAUCGUGCGCAUGCCCGACGAUGUGAGGCGGUUCGAGAAGGUCGUCGAGGCUCACCGGUAGGACUCCCUUUUUUUUUUUUUUUUUCCUUUUCCGCGAUUGCGGUCAAGUUCACGGAUGGGUAAAAAAGAAGAAAAAAAGGCUGCUAGGUUAUGGUACUCUUUGGGAUAUCCCAGUCUCCCUCAUGGAUUAUAAGUUUCAUAGUUGUACCUUGGCAAAUGUUUGGGUAUUGGUUGAUGAUAUCCGCU